CAGUAAUCAUCUACAAAAACAUGCUUAAACUUCCUACCAACAAGAAUUGGGGAUAUUCUGUUUGAAUGGUUUGCGUGUCUCUGAAUAUCAAGAACCACUUUGGAUAUUGUCCCCUUACAAAUUCUUCCUGUCAGCUGAGUCAUGUAUUUAUAACAUUACGCUCAGGUAAUACCGCAUUCUGAGGGACGAUAUUGACUUUCGUUUGGCUGAGCACACACUGAAUUAGCUUAUUAGAGCUACUUUGAUGGCUCCAGGUCCAUUUUGACAGUGACUUGUCCCUCGGUCUGUUGUACUAUCUGGACACCCUUGGGUUUUACUGUAGUUCCUGGUGGCAGGAGAUUGGCUAGACUCAGAUUGAAUGAUCCUUUUAAGGAUAAGGACAGACGAGAAUCACUGAAUCAGGAGAACAAGUCCUCGGUUGUCAAACCGACACAGCAUAGAUCUGGCAAGAUGGUGCUGUGUCGUGUUCUCCUGCUGGACGGCAAUGAUUUUGAAACAGAUAUUUCUAGGAAUGCUGAAGGAACAGAAUUAUUUGAUGAAGUUUGCAAGAAGUUGAAUAUAAAUGAAAAGGAAUAUUUUGGAUUGACUUACACAGGAACUCAAGAUGUCAAGUACUGGGUGAAUCAUGAGAAGAAAAUUGCAAAACAAGUUAAAAGUGGGACCUGGGUAUUUGAAUUUGCUGUGAAGUUUUACCCUCCAGAACCAUCUCAUCUGUCUGAGGACAUCACUAGAUACCAGUUGUGUUUACAGAUCAGGGCAGACAUCUAUAAUGGAAAGUUGCCCUGUUCAUUUAUGACACAUGCCAUUCUGGGUUCCUACACGGUACAGGCUGAGAUCGGGGAUUAUGACUCUCAAGUAGAUGGUCCUGACGAUGAAUAUUUGAAAGCCUUUGAUUUCGCUCCACAACAAACUCCAGAGCUGUCACAGAAAAUUCAUGAACUACACAAAACACACAAAGGACAGACCCCAGAGGAGGCAGAAUUAAACUUCUUAGAAAAUGCCAAGAAACUUGCCAUGUAUGGAGUAGAUCUGCACAAGGCAAAAGAUGAAAAGAACCAGGUGAUAAUGUUGGGGGUGUGUUCUAGUGGUCUCCAACUCUACAGAGACAAACUUAGGAUAAAUCGAUUUGUGUGGCCAAAAAUCAUCAAACUCACAUAUAAAAGGAACAAUUUCUAUAUCAAGCUGCGACAAACAGAGGGGGAACAGGAAUUGAAUAUAUGUUUUAGAUUAGACUCACAUAAAUUAGCUAAACGAUUAUGGAAAACCUGUGUAGAACAUCACACUUUCUUCAGAUUGAAGGAACCAGAGAAGAAUAGCACAGGAACACUUAUUCCCAGGUUUAACUCGCGGUUCCGGUAUUCAGGAAGAACCCAGAAACAGAUCCGAGAGCAAGAGGACCUGAUGGACCGUCCCAAGGUCAAGGUAGCAAGAAUAGGUCUGGGAAACAGUUUUCGUAUGCCAAGGGAUGCAGAGGGAAACAUCAUUCACCCUCAUGGAGAGGGUCAGUCCGACAGUUAUGACAGAACGGACAAACUGCCUGGACACACAGACACAAUGUCCAGCGGUCCUCCACCAUACAGUUCCAUGGACCGUGGUGACAAGAGCCACAGAAAACCUGGAGAAACAGAGGCUGACCGACCGGACACCACCGAAGACCAACACGAUGAAAUGCUGGGAAAUCAUGAUAACACAGAGGGUGCUCCCCUUGAGGCUGGGGACUCAGCACUGCUGGAAGGGGGUGUGGCACUUCAUGGAAACAAGAAAUCCAAGGAGGACAAGGAAAGAGAGAAACGAGAGAAAGAGGAGGAAAAACAGAGAAAGAAAGAUGCAGAAAAGGAACGCAAGCGGUUGGAGAAGGAAAAGAAGAAAAACAAAGAUACCGCGGAAGAUCGUACAGAUCGCGUGGGAGAUGAGAAUGCAACAGAGACAGCCAUUAAUGGACCGUCCGACAGUAUGGGGCUAUAUUCGGAUGCUAUCCUACUGGGAAAGGCUGGCAGCAAUGCCCCAAAAUCAGAUGGCAGUGAAAAUCCUCCAAAAGAAGGCGAAAACCUUGACCUCGUUAAGUCUGACAAGGCCCAUGACAAAUCUAAAGAUAAAAAAGAGUCUAAAAAGGGGGGCGGGUUAUUUGGCAUGCUUAAGAUAACGCCAUCUAAAGGAAAAGGUGACAAAAACAAGCCUACAGAUACCAAUCUUGGCACCAAAGAUUUGCCAGCAGACGGAAACAGCCAGAAAGGAGGCGUAGGAAUGGGCUGGGCCUUGCCCGGAAUGAAUGAGUUGAAGGACCGUGCUAAGCCCGAGGAACCUUUGGCCCCAAUCACUGGAGCGUCCUCCUCCUCAUCAGACGAGGACAUUUCCCAUCAUGCAAUUCUUGCCGAUGACACAGAAGAGCAGGGUGGCUUUGGUUUGGGUGGCACCCACCCCGAUUACAGCGACAAAUCUAUAGACAGAAAGAUGCAGUUCAUUGCUGUCACUCCACCCUCUACGGAGGUUUACGAUCGACAGAAAGGGGACCACACCAUGCCCUUCUUUGAACCUGUAGGAUCAACCUCUGAUGGAGAAGGGGAGGGAACACUGGGGAAGAAGAAACCUCCACCUGUGGCCCCCAAGAAGUACAGGGACAGUCAAGAUGACAAGCUCUCUGACAUUCCCCCCACGGUGGCCACAGAAAGAAUGAGGUACGAUCCCAAUAUGGACGAUCGGCCAAUACCCACCACCAACGUCCCGAUCGUCAAAACGCAGACUCGCACUGUCACGUACGAGAAAGAUGGCAUUCCUUUGGAGAUAGAGGAUGGGAUCUUGAUCAGCUCACAGUCUCACUCAACGAGAACGCAGACCAUUGAGACGACCACAUACAAGACAGAGAGAGAUGGAAAAACAGAGACUAGAGUGGAGAAAAAGGUGGUGAUAUCCCAGGAGGAGAACGGAGAUGAUAUCGACCACGACGCAUUGCUGGCAGAAGCCAUUAAAUCGGUGACAGAAAUGAACCCCGACUUGUCGGUGGAGAGGAUUGAGUGCAUGCGGCAGAUAGAGGAGAUCGAUGGGAGGUACUAGGUUAGUUUUCGAGCGUUCAUUAACCUGGAACCUUUUGUACAGGAAUAGCCAGUUAUCAGUGCCUAUAUUGACCAUCUGUCUGUCCGUCCGUCCACACCUUAUACAGGUCUCUGAUUUCGCUUCUGAAGGACGGAAUAACUAACAGACUCGGUGGUCACAGGAAUUUAUGGACAAGGAAAUAAUUGCAAUAAAUUUAUAUGUAUGUGGCAUAGAAAUCAUAUUUCAUCUGUCAUGAUUUGUUACACUUUACAUUAUAUACUGAGGUUUAUGCUGCCAAAGGACAAUGAAUUAGGGCAGUCUCUCUUUAACCUUUGUACAAUGACGUCAGUUGCCAUGGUAUCGGGUCCUGUUAUCACACAUCACCAGGACAAAGAAAUUAUUAUGGCAGCUACGGAAACCUCUUCCACUGAUGUGGGUUUUACUCUAUAGUAUCAUUGGCAUUUUAAGUUUUCAAAUGUUUUAUACUGAAGGAAAAACAAUGUUUGCCAUAUACUGCAUUGCUUUAUAUCAGGUUUUUUUUUUUUUUAUAAUUUUUAGUUUCUCUGUUUUAUUGCUCAAUGCUUAAUUUAUAUUUGUGAAUAGCUGACAGAGACAGCUCUUAGAUUCCUUGCACUAAGACAGAAUUUGUGACCUUGACAAGGGAAUGUCCAUUAUUUUGCUUCUGCUAUUGUUCCAGCUGCUUUUAAGUCCUAGACUGUUCUUAAUGUAGAUCAUUUUAUACAUGUAUAGAGACAAUUAAAAAAUUCAUCACAAUAAAGUCUACAUUUUAAUCA